GCGCGUGACACAUCGUGUGCGUAACUUUCAAAGAAUUUCAGCUCAUCACUUCCACUACCUUGCAUCUCUUUCUGUUUCCAUCGAUUUCUUGCGACUGUGACUACGUCCUAGAUAUGUGGAAAGCAAGGAACCAGCAAGCUAGAACUUCAGCAGCAGGUGACUCAAAAUUUCAAGGCAGCAGUCAUUCCGACCUUGUGUACCCUCAUAGGCUCAACUUCUACGAUUCUCCUCCUCUUUUUGACGUGACCCUUGAAGAAUUCGAGGAAUGUGCCCUAGAUCGCUUACGAAUCCUCGCAGAAAUUGAGUCGUCUGCAGCUCGUAACCGGACAUGGGAGGAGACCAAAGCAGUGACUGUGUCGCAAUGUUUCAAGUAUCUUCCACUUAACUCGACGUCAGCCGAGAAGGUGGAUAGGGAUUCAGAGAGGCGGAAGGAUCAUCUGGGGCACUUUGUUUUGAGGCUUGCGUUCUGCCGCUCGGAGGACCUUCGACGACGCUUUAUCAAGGCAGAAUCAACACUGUUCAAGAUACGUUACGAUACUGAUGACUCGAAGGAACGGAGAAAUUUUUUGAGUUCGCGAGAUUUUCGGUGGAUAGCGGUCGAUGAUUCUGAAAAAGCAAUGUACAAAGAACAGUUGAAGGCCGCCUAUCAUGGGCUUAAAUCUGAGUCUGAUAGGCAGAGUGCGUUUGCGGCUGAUAACUUUUACAAGGUGAAAUGGACGCGUGUGCCAGAUUUAGUCGACCGACGCAAGGUCUUUCUAAAGGGCGGUUGGGCUUACGUCCCUGGACGGGAACUAGCCAGUAUCGUGUUCCAAGAGUUCGAAGUACAAUUAGACAAGGCUUUGAACGUCACUGCCAAAUCCCUGCCACGACUAGAUGAAGAUACACGUCUGGUCCCAAUACUGAACAAUCUGUCACAGGGAUUUUUGGCUGGUGUUGCUUCAGACUGGAGUGGAAUGUCCUCUGAAUCGGCAGGCGACGGCAUCACAGCCGACAUGAUUGAUGAUAUGGCCAAGAAGCAUUUCCCUUUGUGCAUGCGUGUAAUGCAUUCGAACUUGAUAAAAGAUCAUCAUCUCAAACACUUUGGUCGACUUAACUACGGACUCUUCUUGAAAGCCCUAGGAGUCACCGUCGACGAAGCCAUCAUUUUCUGGAGGAAAUCUUUCAUGGGAGGGAAGGUCACCGAAGACAGAUUUAACAAGGAAUACAAGUACAACAUUCGUCACUCGUAUGGCUUGGAGGGUAAACGGGCUAAUUAUCCCGCAAAAACCUGCAUGCAAUUGCUGCAAGGAAAUGAUGAAUACGGCUGUCCGUAUCGGUCCUUCACGCCUGAUAAUUUACAAACUGCACUACUGGCGGCUUAUACACCCCUUGGUCUGAAGUCGAUAGAUCUUGCUGAGAUCAUGCAUACCAAGAAGACAGAGCACUUUCACGUAGGAUGCACUCGGAUUUUUGAAAUCACCCACGGACACUGUGGGAUCAAGAAAGGUGAAGGGGUAGGGGAUGGUGAAAGUGUGACUCAUCCAAACCAAUAUGCUGCGCGAAGUAUAGAACUGGAGAAAUCAAAGGAAGUCAAGACGGAGGCUAUGGAUGUGGACGACUAGGAUGAAUGCGUUGCGCCCCUGCCCCGCCGCGACAGGUGACACCGUGACAAGUCAAUUGUGUGUUUGUACUUGUCUGUAAUUAAGGUUUUCCUUCUUGCCUUCUACAUCCUCUUUGGACAUGAACCAACGAAAAGCCGAGUCCACGAAUGCUCACGUUGUUAACGAGGACAAUGACGACUGUGAUGCUCUUCACCGAUACCCAGAUUUUGACGGUCAUUUCUCCUUUGUCAGGUAGAUAUCUGCCUUGCCAUUCGAACAAUGCGUAGUUUGAUGAUUCCUAUCUGUAGGAAUUUCCGACUUGCAGAUAUGGUGACAAUAAUGAAUGGCGUUUGCGG